AGUACACUGUUGCCCUGGAGACAACUUUAAACACAGCUGGAGCCAAGCCGGCACUCCCGGACUGCUCCCCAAAUCGCAGGGGAUUAUUGCGGCCCCCACUGUGGACACAUUUCAGAGCGGAGUGCAGAUGCCCCUGCCUGACGUCGCCCAGUGGGCUGGUGGCACAGCACUGGAAUUGUCCCUCCACACAAGAACCAGACGCCCCGACUGGACCUCAAGGAAGAGGACGCUGACUCUCCUGGAAUGGACCCUGAUAAACAGGCAUGAUGCCUCGUCUGCCACAGUCUUGACGAGCCCUCAACAUGUCUCUGGUGGCCCUACCCUUCUACCAGAAGAGACACAAGCACUUUGACCAGUCAUACAGAAACAUUCAGACCAGGUACCUUCUGGAUGAGUAUGCAUCCAAAAAGCGAGCAUCCACCCGGUCCUCCACCCAGAGGUCUCUUACACAGACGUCGUCUGCGCAGAAGGUGUCCAGCCAGACCUCGAGGAGGACUGCGAGUGUGAGUGCACGGGAGGAGGAACAAGAGGACGAACACAGGUACCGGUCCCUGGAGGCGGCCUACGGAGAGGCCAAGCGGCAACGGUUCCUCAAUGAGCUGGCGCAGCUGGAGGAGGAUGUGCACCAGGUCCGGUCCCACACGCGCAGCACGCUGGACAAGUACGCCCUGCAGCAGACGGUGGAGGACCAGAUGGCCUGGGGGAGGCAUGUGUUCGAGGAGCGCAUGAGCCGGGCCCCGGAGAUCCUGGUGCGGCUGCGGUCGCACACGGUCUGGGAGAGGAUGUCCGUGACGCUGUGCUUCACCGUGCAGGGGUUCCCCGCACCCGUGGUGCAGUGGUACAAGGACGGCAGCCUGAUCUGCCAGGCAAGUGAGCCCGGCAAGUACCUCAUUGAGAGCAAGUACGGUGUGCACACCCUGCAGAUCAACAGGGCGGACUUUGAUGACACGGCCACCUACUCAGCAGUGGCAACAAACAUCCACGGACAGGUGUCGACCAAUGCCGCGGUGGUGGUGAAAAGGUUCCGCGGGGACGAGGAGCCCUUCCACUCCGUGGGACUCCCGAUCAGGCUGCCUCUGUCCUCGGUGAUCCCCUACACCCACUUUGAUGUUCAGUUUCUGGAGAAAUUCGGCGUCACCUUCAGGAGAGAAGGCGAGACCCUCACACUCAAGUGCACAAUGCUGGUGACGCCAGACCUGAAGAGAGUGCAGCCUCGGGCCGAGUGGUACCGGGAUGACGUGCUGCUGCAGGAGUCCAAGUGGACCAAGAUGUUCUUUGGGGAAGGCCAGGCCUCACUGUCCUUCAGCCACCUGAACAAGGAUGAUGAGGGGCUGUACACCCUGAGGAUCGUGUCCCGUGGUGGGGUCAGCGACCACAGCGCCUUCCUGUUCGUCCGAGAUGCCGACCCGCUGGUCACAGGCGCUCCCGGGGCGCCCAUGGACCUGGAAUGCCACGAUGCCAACCGGGACUACGUCAUCGUGACCUGGAAGCCGCCCAACACCACCACAGAGAGCCCGGUCAUCGGCUACUUCAUCGACCGGUGCGAGGUGGGGACUGACAGCUGGGUGCAGUGCAACGACGCGCCUGUGAAGACCUGCAAGUACCCCGUGACAGGCCUCAUUGAGGGACGGUCCUACCUGUUCCGCGUGAGGGCCGUCAACAGCGCAGGUGUCAGCCGGCCUUCCCGGGUCUCUGCCGCCGUGGCUGCUCUGGACCCUGCUGACCUCAGGAGGCUGCAAGCAAUCUACUUGGAAGGAGACAAGGAAAUCGUGAUCUACCAGGAUGACCUGGAAGGCGAUGUUCAGAUCCCAGGGCCCCCCACCAAUGUGCACGCCUCCGAGAUCAGCAGGACCUACGUGGUCCUCAGCUGGGAGCCCCCCACGCCCCGCGGCAAGGAGCCGUUAAUGUACUUCAUCGAGAAGUCCGUGGUUGGCAGUGGCACCUGGCAGCGUGUCAACGCACAGACAGCCGUGAGGUCCCCACGCUACGCCGUCUUUGACCUCGCGGAUGGGAAGUCGUACGUGUUCCGGGUGCUGUCAGCCAACAAGCAUGGCCUGAGCGAGCCGUCGGAGAUCACGUCUCCCAUCCAGGCGCAGGACAGCAUUGUGGUCCCUUCUGCGCCCGGCCGCGUGGUGGCCUCCCGGAACACCAAGACGUCUGUGGUUGUGCAGUGGGACCGGCCGAAGCAGGAGGAGGACCUGUUGGGCUACUACGUGGACUGCUGUGUGGCUGGCACCAACCAGUGGGAGCCCUGCAACCACAAGCCCAUCGGAUACAACAGGUUUGUGGUGCACGGCUUGACCACCGGCGAGCAGUACACCUUCCGGGUCAAAGCGGUCAACGCCGUGGGCACCAGCGAGAACUCACAGGAGUCUGAUGUCAUCAAGGUGCAGGCGGCCCUGACCGUCCCGUCCCAUCCGUACGGGAUCACGCUUCUGAACUGUGACGGCCACUCCAUGACCCUGGGCUGGAAGGUGCCGCGGUUCAGCGGUGGGGCGCCCAUCCUGGGGUACUACGUGGACAAGCGUGAGGCACAGCACCGGCACUGGCAUGAGGUCAACGCCUCGCCGCUGCAGGACAGGCUCCUGACGGUGGAGGGCUUGACAGAAGGCUCCCUGUAUGAGUUCAAAAUCACUGCCACCAACCUGGCAGGAAUUGGGCAGCCCUCGGACCCCAGUGAGCUCUUCAAGUGCGAGGCCUGGACGGCACCCGAGCCUGGGCCUGCCUACGACCUGACGUUCUGCGAGGUGCGGGACACGUCGCUGGUGAUGCUGUGGAAGGCGCCUGUGUACUCUGGCAGCAGCCCUGUGUCUGGCUAUUUCGUGGAUUUUAAGGAGGUGGAUUCUGGGGAAUGGAAGAAUGUGAAUCAGGAGACAACUCCAAACCGUUACUUGAAGGUCUGUGAUCUGCAGCAAGGUCAGACUUAUGUGUUCAGGGUGCGGGCAGUGAACGCCAGUGGGCCGGGGAAGCCGUCGGAUGUCUCGGAGCCGGUGCUCGUGGAGGCCAGGCCAGGCACAAAGGAAAUCAGCGCAGGUGUGGACGAGGAGGGCAACAUCUACCUGGACUUCGACUGCCAGGAGAUGACGGACGCCUCCGAGUUCACGUGGUGCAAAUCCUACGAGGAGAUUGCGGAUGAGGACAAGUUCCGAGUGCACACGGAGGGUGAUCGCUCACGGCUGUAUUUUAAGAACCCGGAUAAAGUGGAUGUGGGGACUUACUCUGUGUCUGUAAGCGACACGGAUGGCGUGUCCUCCAGCUUUGUUUUGGAUGAAGAAGAGCUUGAGCGUUUGAUGGCACUGAGCAACGAGAUCAAGAACCCCACAAUUCCUCUGAAGUCAGAAUUAGCUUAUGAGAUUUUCGAUAAGGGCCAGGUCCGCUUCUGGCUCCAGGCCGAACACUUGUCACCCGACGCCACCUUCCGGUUUGUCAUUAAUGACAGAGAGGUCUCUGACAGCGAGAUACACAGAAUUAAGUGUGACAAGUCCACAGGCCUCAUUGAGAUGGUCAUGGAUAGAUUUACCAUCGAAAAUGAAGGAACCUACACGGUGCAGAUUCAGGAUGGAAAAGCCAAAAACCAGUCUUCUCUGGUUCUCAUUGGAGACGCUUUCAAGACUGUCCUGGAAGAGGCUGAGUUUCAAAGGAAAGAGUAUCUCAGGAAGCAAGGCCCUCAUUUUGCCGAGUAUCUGCACUGGGAUGUCACAGAAGAGUGUGAAGUCCGCCUGGUGUGUAAGGUUGCAAACACCAAGAAAGAAACGGUUUUCAAAUGGCUCAAGGACGACGUUCUGUACGAGACAGAGACGCCGCCCGACCUGGAAAAGGGCAUCUGUGAGCUGCUCAUACCAAAGUUAUCCAAGAAGGACCAUGGCGAAUACAAGGCGACCUUGAAAGAUGACAGAGGUCAGGACGUAUCUAUCCUGGAGUUAGCCGGCAAAGUGUACGAGGACAUGAUCCUGGCGAUGAGUCGAGUCUGCGGCCUCUCUGCCUCUCCCCUGAAGAUCCUCUGCACCCCAGAGGGGAUCCGGCUCCAGUGUUUCAUGAAGUACUUCAUGGAGGAGAUGAAAGUCAACUGGUAUCACAAAGAAGCGAAGAUCUCCUCCAGCGAGCACAUGCGGGUCGGAGGCAGCGAGGAGAUGGCCUGGCUGCAGAUCUGUGAGCCCACGGAGAAGGACAAAGGGAAGUACACCUUCGAGAUUUUUGAUGGCAAAGACAACCAUCACCGCUCCCUGGACCUGUCUGGACAAGCUUUUGAUGAGGCAUUCACAGAAUUCCAGAAACUCAAGGCUGCGGCAUUCGCAGAGAAGAAUCGCGGCAAGGUGAUCGGUGGCUUACCCGACGUGGUGACCAUCAUGGAGGGCAAGACCUUGAACCUGACCUGCACGGUGUUCGGGAACCCGGACCCCGAGGUGGUGUGGUUCAAGAACGACAAGGACAUCGAGCUCAGCGAUCACUUCUCCGUGAAGGUGGAGCAGGCCAAGUACGUCAGCCUGACCAUCAAGGGGGUGACCUCGGAGGACUCCGGCAAGUACAGCAUCCACGUCCGGAACAAGUAUGGUGGCGAGAAGAUCGACGUCACCCUCAGCGUGUACAAGCAUGGGGAGAAGAUCCCCGACAUCGUACCAUCCCAGCAGGCCAAGCCCAAGCUCAUCCCGGCCUCCACCUCAGCCAAGGCUGAGUAGGGGAAGGCGGCCGGCCUGGAGAGGGGACAGAGUGGCCUGGGGUCCUGGGAGCGCUGCGUGCUGUGUGUGGGCGCCAGGACUCGAGGCACGCCUUGUGUGGGCAGAGAAUGGCCGCGUUAGGUGUCUGACUUUGCACUUGGCAAUUGUUAGUUUACGUCUGCCUAGAGGAAUGGCUGAGCCUCACGGGGCAAAGCAGCUUGUGUGGAUGCGGGUGCAGGGGAGGUGGCUGGGGGAGACUUUCUGACAGGAAGUGAUGCCGGCCGUGUCCAGCUGUCCUGUGGUGGCUUUGGUCCUUGGGACCUAGCGGCUCCGAAGUCCAAGAGGCCUGCGGAGGCCGGCAUUACCUGGUUACAUUCUGUUUUCUCUUGCUUAGACAAAUAAAGCUUUAAAAGACUC